GAGGGCUGUGUGAACAGACAGGGAAGGGAUGCUUCUCCCGCUCCACUGCCGUCGGAGAGAGCCCGGUGUGUCCUCGCCUCUGAGGUAGAAUGAGGUUGUGUUUUGACCUAGAGCGACAAUUUGGAAAGACCGCUGCUCUUCGUGUCUUCAGGUGUGUGCGGUGUUGAGGAUGUAGGCUGGUGGAGAGGGAUGGAGUGCUCCUGGAAGACCCUGCUGCUCCUGGUGUGUGCGUCUCUGGUGGUGCAGUACAUCGCCAUCCGCUCCUUCAGGGAGUCCCUGCCCAGCUCCUGCCAGGGGAACUCCCGCUGCCUGGAGCGCCAGGCCAAAGAGUCCUGGUGGAGAUCCGCGUGCGACGACAGCUCGGUUUCCAUGGAGACGGCGGCGUUGGCGGGUGCGGUCCCGGGACGCCGGCACAUCUUGCUGUUGGCGGCCACGCGCAGUGGCUCCUCGUUCACGGGCCAGCUCCUCAACCAGCACCCGGACGUCUUCUACGCCUACGAGCCGCUCUUCCACGUCUGGCAGUCCUUCACCAACGGCAGCGGCGGCGGCUGCUGCCACCGGAGGGCGCCGGAGAGGCGCGAGCUGCUGGGGGCCUACCGCGACCUCCUGCUCAACCUGUUCACCUGCCGCCUGGGCUUCCUGGAGAGCUACAUCCACCCGCCGCCGCAGGACCACGUGACGGGCGCCCUGUUCCGCCGCAGCUCCAGCCUGGCGCUGUGCUCGCCGCCCGUCUGCCCCGAGGCGGGCGCGCUGGACUCGGGCGACUUGGCGAGCCAGCCGGAGGAGGCCUGGUGCCACAAGAAGUGCGGCGCGCUCAACCUGACGCUGGCGUCGCAGGCGUGCGGGCAGCGCGGGCACGUGGCCAUCAAGGCGGUGCGGGUGCCGCGCGUGGCCGACCUGCGCACGCUGAGCGAGGACCCGCGGCUGGACCUGCGCAUCGUCCACCUGGUGCGCGACCCGCGCGCCGUCCUGGCCUCCCGCAUGGCCGUGUUCUCGGGGUUCCGCGCCUGGCGCGUGUGGAACGCCACGGGCCGCCAGCCGCGCUACGUGGACCUGGCCCAGAUCGGGCACACGUGCCGCGACACGGAGGCCUCGGCCGAGACGGGCCUGCUGCAGCGCCCGGGCUGGCUGCGCGGCCGCUACCUGCUGCUGCGCUACGAGGACCUGGCGCUGCGGCCCGAGCAGCGCGCGCGCCGCCUCUACCGCUUCCUGGGCCUGGACCGGGUGCCCGCGCGCGUGCUCCGCUGGAUCGCCCGCAACACCAACGUCACCAACGCGCCGGGCGAGUGGCACUACAAGUACUCGACGGCGCGCGACUCCAAGGCGGCGGCCGAGAGCUGGCGUCUGCGGCUGCACUUCAGCAUCGUGCAGGCCGUGCAGAGCCUCUGCAACAGCACGCUGGCCCUGCUGGGCUACAAGCCCGUGCACAGCGUGGAGGAACUCAGGAACCUCUCCCACAGCCUGGUGGAGCCCCGGAGCUUUCAGCCGGGCCUCUGA